AUGAAUCUGUUUGGAGCCGACCCCGCCAUGGCGGUGCUGGACCCUGCUACGGCGGUGUUGGACCUUCCCACUGCCCAAGAAGAUGGCACGAAAAAGUCGAGAGAGAAGAAGAAGAAGAGUCGAUCAGUCUCACCCAAGCGUCCCUCUGGGGGGCGACGUCGCAUCCAACGCCACGCAUCCUCGGGAUCACCAAAAGACAACCGAGGACGUCAUAUGGAUGAAUCUAGUACUACUAGUAGGAAUGGGGACAGAAGAAGAAGCAAGGAUUCCGGCAUGCAAGGUCACCUCGAAGGUAUUGAAGCCUUUUGCAAAGUCAUGAAGGAAGCCGGCACGGAGAAUCGAGAGCGAAUGAUUCAACAAUCCAUGCAGCUCCAAUGGCAACGAAGUUGCAUGCUUGGAUCCAAGAAAAAGUAA